AUGUGGUGCCACGGGUGUCCCGAAGACGCUGAGAAGCGAGAAAAACAGGAAAGCGCGAGACAGGCCGCGCCUGCUGCCAGGAUGCGUGGGUCGCUUCUGCGACCAAACUGCGCAACGCUGCACCAGCGCUCGUUUACGCCCAUUCGCGCCUUCCAUUCCACUCGGCAUCCCUCCUCUUUCCUCUUUCCUCUUCCACCCUGUCAUAUCCCUUUUUCAAACCAACUUCGCUCGCAGACUGCAGUCCUUUCCACAUCUCCGAAUACUCUCCGAAUGCCACACAAACAUUGCACGCAAAAGACGUCAUCAUCAAGCGCCCCGUCAUACUGUCCGGCUCCGACCUCGAGCCCUAUCUCCAACGACCUAGUCUGCCCACCAUUGCGUCCCCGCCGACUGCAACAGAUUAAAAUACGACGCGACAAGCACCCCCAAAACGAGCCAAUCGCCGCCACUAGACGAAGGGGGGAAGCCAACGCCAGCAAAGCCAAUGCAGCUGCGGAGGGCGGAGCUUGCCUUGGACUCCGUCUAACGCUUCGCCCGUUCACCCUGUUAGGUGCUAAGAAGAAGAAUAAGAAGAAGAAGUCCGCGGCGGCCAAGGCCAGUGCUGCGCCGGUCGCUGCUACGGAUGCAUCCCCGACAGAACCAACUGGCCCUGCAGCUUCUACCGAAGAGCCCGAGACACAAAAUGGUGCCGACCGCGACGACGCUGGCGAGGUUGUAGACGAACUUUCAAAAAACGAUGCAGCAGUGCCAACCCGAGAGGCCAUACAUGGACCGCCCUUUGCUAACCGCCAUUGGACGCAGCAGAAGCCCGACAUUGACACCGAAACACCUGCAGACAUAACGACGCCGCCCAGCCCGACAAAACCGUCGACCAACGGGGAGGACGGUGGCAACGGCCACACUCGGAGCGGCUCGACGGCCAACGGCCACGCGGUACCAUUCCACUCAAAGACCGACAUAACCGACGCCGAGAGUACCGCGAUUGACAAGGACGGCGAUAAGGACACCUCCACUGCCAGCCGCAACGGUGAUCAGUCCUCCAACUCAGCAGCAACAUCAGCACCAUCCUCACCCACCACCACUGUGUCCAAGGCCACAAGCACAACCCCGCGCGCCGCCACGACGCUGAACGACGGCCCCGAGGGCGAGUCGGACCCCGCUGAGCUAGAACGGCUACGACAGCAGGUGGCAGAGCUUCAAAAGGCGCAAGAGUCCCACGAGGAGGAAACGAAAAAGCUGCGGUCCGACCUUGAGGAGAUCGAGGCUCAGCGCGACGCAGCAGACAGCCGUUACGAUGAUCUCGUGACCCGGGUUGAGAAGCUCAAAGAGAACAUUAGCUCCCGGUUCCUGCGCGACAAGGAGGAGCUGGAGGAGAACCGAGAACGCAUCGAGGAGCUCGAGGCAGAAAACGAGCGCCUGCUGCAAGCCAAAGCCAACGCCGAGGCGUCCACAGCCGCUGCCGCCAACGAGGUGGCGCGACUGCAACGCGAACUAGACGUCAUUGAUAACGAGCAUGACCGCGAGCAGGAAGAGAUCCGGAACCGCACCCAUCUGUCGCAGCAAAACUGGCAGCGCGAGAAAAAGGAGCUGAUGCAGCAACUGGAAAACCUGCAAAAGGAACUGAUCAAUACCAGAGAGGGUAUGAACGACUGGGAGGUCAUCGCACUCGAAGAGCGCAACCGAACCACCUUGCUGGAAAGCAAGGCGUCUGAUCUGGAAGAGCAGGUCGGCGUCUUGCGUGAACAGUACGAGCGAGCCGCCGAGGACCGCGAUGCACAGGCCGCUACUGUCGAGAGCCUGCAGCGCUCCCUGGAGGAUCUCCAGAACGCACGCCGGCACGAGCUGCGCGAGAUGGUCCAGGAAUCGGAGGCCAAGCUUGAUGCGGCCGAAACACGCGCACAAAAGGCCGAGAAAGCGGCCGCAGAGGCCAAUGAAGAGGCCGAGGAGCUUCGGACAAAGCUUGCGCAUGCCUCUACCAUGGAGGUCGAGCUGAAGGAAAAGACGGCCGCUCUUGCGAAACUGCGGCACGAGUCGCUGGGUCUGAACGAACACCUCAUCAGGGCUCUCCGCUUCAUCAAAAAAAUGAAGCCAGAAGAGGCCGUGGAGCAGUAUGUCACCCUGCUUCCGUACGCGCAAGUGAUGACCAACCUCUUGCUUCAAUUCCUGCAGAUUGACCGCUCGGACCCCAAGAAGUUCCAGGUGCUGCAGGUCAUUGCCGGCAUGCUCCAUUGGACAGACGACGAAAAGGAAAGGGCCGGUCUCGCGCGGCCGGGUACGUCGAGCAGCUCGCUGCGGCUGCCGGCCUCUCCGUUUGGGCGAACACCGAGCACACCGUCCUUGAACACCGAGUUCCAAUUGGAAUCCUCGUCGCUGUCCGGGCCGCCCCCGACCAACAAGUCCCUCAGCACCAUGUUCAAGGCAUUUUUGGAAGAGAGCGUCAACGAGACGUCUGCGCCGCCCGUUUCGGCGGACGACCCUUUGUUGACGGCACUGCUAAACACGCGGCCGGCGGGCUCACGAUCGACCGACACGAAGGCAUCGAACAGCAUUUCGUCGGGGACGCAAGCGUCUGACGCUGGGCCGUCUCCUGCGGGACCGUCUGGUGCAGGGUCGCUUGGUGCAGGGGCGCCCGAGAAGACUGAUGCCGCAUAA